AACCACAUGGCGCGUCAGCUCAGUUGUUAGUGGACGCAAGAGGUGAAGAAAAACAUUAAAUAAAUAGUACAAUACUAGUAGAAGUAGCAGUGGACUGCCAUGCCUGCUCCGGGACAAUUUCAGAAGUGCGGUUGGGGAGUGUUCGGCUUGGAAAGCUGGCAACCCUUGGAUAAAACCGCUUCAAAUUCGGCCCAAGUUCAGCAGAGUCGAUGUUCCGAUCCUUCGGGGCUCUCCGCCACGGCCGCUGAACCACACGCAGGAAGAGGAGAUCACGAAGAGGAACCGGUGGAUAGCAGUAGAGAGCAACCAACAGGCAAGAAACUGCUGGCCAAGUACAGCUAUAAGGCUGCUGAAGCCAGUCCUCUAGGAAAGCUAGAACUAAGCAUCACUCAGGGAGAGCACCUGUUCCUGGUGGAGAAACAUGGGACAGAGGAGCACUGGUGGCUGGUGAGGAAUGGACAGGGUCAGACGGGAUACGUGCCUGCUUCUUACAUGAUGGUGCUGGAUGAUAUGCCAACCUCGUUGCCAUGGCUACAGAAUAGGGCAGUUAAACAACCGACAACAGCUCCUGGUCCCUACAAGCCAUAUGUGUCCGCCUAUGCCAAGUCCAGUCCGGACUCCGCGAGCCAGGGAAGUGACCAGUACUACUGUAAGGUCUGUGAUAAACAGUUAAAUGGACCCAAACCUUACAGUGCGCACAUGAACAGCAGGGACCACAGGGAAAAUGUGGAGUACUAUGGAGAAGAUGGACCUGGAUACUGAAUGUGGUUUUAGUGGUUGUUUAUAUGUAACCAGUGAAAAUGUGGAAUACUAUGGAAGAGGUAGAAUUUUGUUCUAGUUUUUUUUUAAAGCAAAGUGCCAAAGCAGCAAGCCCACUGCUGAACUUGUGGGAUACUAAUACUAUAGAGAAGAUUGACUUAGAUAACUAGUAUUAUUUAGUUUUUCUUUAAGCAAAGUGCCAAUGCAGCAAACUCACUGCAGAAAUGUGGAAAACUUCAGGAAAUUACCUGGACACAAGACCCUGUUAAUGUUGUUCUUAAACAAAAAAAAAAAAAAAAAAA